AUUGAGCGCUGAGAGGUGAACUUUGGUUCCACUGUCUGUCCACGAAAUGAAGACGACGAAGCUCAUACUGAUGGCGUUCUUGUCCGUGAUGACUUGUCCGUACUCCGCAGCAGGUGACGAAGGCGAGGAACCUGCACUUCCCCCUUUGCACCUGAAUUGUACGCAGAGCUUGACGGACUUUCUCCUGCUGAGACAAGAGACUUACCUCAACAGAAUGAUCUCAGCGGAAGAAACCACAACGCAGGUUCUGAAGCAGACUCUCGAGACGCUGGUUCAGGUUCGCGACACGCUGAACGAAGUCAACGCGAAGCUAGGAGGAAAUAAAGAUAGGAAACCUGAUAAUGGUGCCGUUUGCCAGUCUCCCUUCACGCAAGUCGGGGAACGCUGUCUCCUGCUGGCCCUUCAGGAGAAACUCACCUGGGCCUCAGCGCGACAGUUCUGCGCGGGAUACGGGGCCGACUUGGCUCACUUCGCGGACGCCAAUACCUUCGCCGCCGUUCUCGGUUACGUCAACACGAUUAACUUCCAGAGGAAAGACAUCAACGUCUGGGUCGGCGGAACAGACGAGGCCGUUGAGGACACUUGGCUUUGGGUCACCGGGGAGCUGAUGCCUCGGGGGCCGCCCUUCUGGGGCACCUACGAUGGAUAUGCUCUACAGCCGAAUGCAGGCACGAGCCAGAACUGCGCAGUUCUCUGGAAAGCUGACUAUUACUAUCUGCAUGACCUUCCAUGCACACACAAAUGCGCUCCGCUCUGCCAGAAAUGAGGGAAAAAACAAAAAACAAAAAAAAACAUCACAUUUCGUAAUCAUUUGUUAAUUCUCACGUGAUGUAUAGUAAAACAUGAGAAAACCGGACCCUGAGAAAACCGGAUCACUGUCCAUUCCGGACGAUAUUCUCAGUCCCUUCCCAUUUCAAUAGGCGGCCUGUGUCAAAAGCCCUCUACAGACCGGACACUGGCUACUAUGGAAACCGGACGGCUUUUGGCGUGAAAACCGGACGGCCUAUUGUUUUCAGGCCGGUAUCUUUGCCGCGUGUUUGAUUAUUGUUACAUUAAAAACAGCUGUUUUACCUGAAA